UGCAGCUUGUGCACGGCGGAGGCAGCAGGGCAGCGGUAUCGGGACCAUGUCCUCGCCCCCGCAGCUGCCCUUGUCCCGCAGACAGUCGUGUUACCUGUGCGACUUGCCCCGCAUGUCCUGGGCCGUGAUCUGGGACUUCAGCGAGCCCGUGUGCCGAGGCUGCGUCAACUACGAGGGCGCCGAUCGCGUGGAGUUGGUCAUCGAAACCGCCCGCCACUUGCGGCAGGCUAACUGCCUCCAGGAGCCCACCUCGGCCAAAUGCGGGAAGGAGCUUCUCCACCAGAACCCGGCAGACCGACCCAGCAGGUCUCAGCAGCCCUCCGCAGACAGGUACUCAGUCUGUGCGGACAACCGGGCCAGGCUUCUGAACGGGUUCAAAGCAGACGACGGACUUCCCGAACUGAACCGACAGAGUCUGAGCUCAAGGAGUAGGAGCCAUGCAGGUUUGGCGUCUGCACCGGGACCUGGUAACAUCCCGCCCAGCCUGCAGCCCCAGACGUUGCCGAAUAGAUUGGACCCGCAUGACGCAGCCAGCAGAACAGCUUUGCCAGUCUCCGGCCUUGACCAAAAGGAUCAGAGCGAGCCGGCCGUAAAGCAGGAGCAUGAGCUGAAAGAAAAGCAGCGCAACACAGAGGUUCUGAGCGAACUGAGAGAAAGUCUUCGGAACCGACAGGAGGACUGGGCGAGCAAGCCCGAGGUGGUCCGUGACACAUUGGUUACUUUGUCUGGCUGUACACCCUUUGAGGUCCGCUUCAAAAAAGACCACGGCCUGCUGGGACGAGUGUUUGCAUUUGACGCCGUGUCCAAACCGGGGUUAGGCUAUGAGCUCAGGAUCUUCAUCGAGUACCCGAGCGGGUCCGGAAAAGUGUUCUCCAGUGCCUCAGGGGUGGCCAAGCAGAUGUACCAGGACUGCAUGAAGGACCCAAAUCGAGGACUGUCCUCUGGGUUCAAGUACCUGGAGUAUGAGAAGAAACACAGUUCUGGUGACUGGCGGCUGCUGGGGGAUUUUUUACCAGAACCUCUGCGGGUCUUUAAGGACUGUGUGGGGGCGGACAUGCUGCCUCAGCCCCACAUGAACAGCAGCCACCCAGUGUUAUCUACCAUGGUGCCGCCCGCACGGGCCCAGCCCCCUUGUCCGUCCAGAGCCAUGUCCAGGAAGCGGAAGGCUUCCCCGGAACCGGACGUAGCUGAGAGUGAAUCCAAGCUGAUGGAGGACCAGCACAGACAGUGGAUCAGCAACCAGGCCAAAGCCCUCAAACUGUCCUUUGGUCGCUCCACCUCGCCUGAGUCCGUCCUGCCCCCUCCUGGCGGCCACUCCCCUAUGGCGGCGGACGGGCUGGGACACGCGCAGUCUCCAGACAAAGACAGAGCCUCGGGCGACAGUCCCUUGUCCUCCGCUCAGAAUAGCCUCCCGGGCAGCAGUGGCGUGGAGCAGGCGCACGCUCCGAGCGCGGCCCCGGGCGGAACUUUGUGCUGCACACUGUGUCACGAGCGCCUAGAGGACACACACUUUGUCCAGUGUCCCUCUGCAGCCGGCCACAAGUUCUGCUUCCCAUGUUCCCGGGAGAGCAUCAUAACUCAGGGGGCCUCGGCCGAGGUGUACUGUCCCAGCGGGGACAAGUGUCCCCUGGUGGGCUCUGAUGUGCCCUGGGCCUUCAUGCAGGGCGAGAUUGCCACCAUCCUGGCAGGGGACGUGACGGUGAAGAAAGAGAGAGACCCUUAAUGUGAUCCGUCUUCACUGCUGUCCUUGUUUUUAUAUUUGUCGUUUUUUUGUACCGCCAUCUUUUCUACGUGUUGUAACGUGAUCAAUAAAGUCUGGUGUCCCACGUGA